GCCAUAGAAGAACAUGAAAGUGAAGUCCUCCAACUUGAAUGUAGCAUGGAAAGCUCUCUGCCAGGUGAACAAGAGCAAAGUCAUUCAGCAGGUACUGAUAUACCGGUAGUUGUUUAUGGUAGAUGGUAUUUUAUUAUGAAAGUUAAUAAUAUACAUGAAAAAAGUUCUCUGUGAAUUUGAUUGGCGUAGAGCAGUGUACUUUUUAGUAAACACAAUGCAAACAAGGAAACAUAAUGCAAAAAGAAAGAAAUAUAAUGCAAAUUUAUCAGAGAAUGAAAAACUGUGAUUGGGCCAAUAAACAAUAGAAAUUUAUCAGAACUAAUUAAGUGCCACAGUUUGCUGGUGGGAAGCAUGUAUACUUUUAAAACUUCCCCUUUUUGGUGUAAUUAAUUAUGCUCUGUUGUCUUACCUAAGUAAUCUUUCCUUUUUCUUGUAACACUUUUUUUCUCAAUAUUUUAUUUUACGAAUUUACCUGAUUAUUUUUAUUUAUUUAUUCAUUGUGGGUUGUUUUUGUUUUCAUUUUUGUAACCAAGAUUUUGAAAUUAAUAAAGGUGUGGGUGGGCGUGUGUGUGUAACAAAUAAGAAUGUUAAAACUUUCAUAUAUAUAUUUUUUACAUGGACUCAAAAGAGCAGCUAUAUAGAGUGUUUUCACAUGACGUCACGGCGGCCAUAUUGGUGUCCCAAAACAAUGAAACGGCGGCCAUGUUGGUGUCCCAAACCAAUCCUCUGGGAAUUGAGAUCUUUUCUUAUGCAAACGCUUUCUUUUGUUUCAGUAAAUUUGCAUAGAUGCUAGCCACGUGAGUGAAAACACUCUAUAAUCAGUGAUUUUGUUACCUCUGCAUUCUAUCUAUGUUCCUUACACAUAAAAAUCGCCAAAGACAUAAAAUAAUUCAUGGAUAUAUCGAUCUGAACGUGUGUAUUUGUAGAAAUAUCCCGUACGUGUAAUUUCUGUGGCAGUUAUGGUUGUUGUUUAGUGAUGCAUAUUUGUUUUAGCCUUUGUUGACUUCUGCUUUAAAAUAGAAGAACUAUAUUUUAAUUUCAGUAUACUCUAAUACAGAGUUUUGGAGUGUGUCUUCAGAUUAACUGUCUGUGGCUGGUACAUAAAGGCCCAAACAUUUUCCAUUUUGGACUCAUUUUUUUUAACUGGGACUCAUUGGUUCUGGACUGAGACUCAUGAUUUCUCACAAGAUGAGUCCCAGAAUUCAUCAUAUUUAUUUGUAACAAAAACACUGUAUAAUUCAUUGAUUAGACCUUUUGUCAUGUAAUUCAAGUGUUGUUGUUGUGGUAAACAUGACAAGUCAUCAUGUCUGUACUUAAUUCUCCAUGACUGGAUUGUAGGAUUUUUGUUCUGUUUGUAUUUGAUCGUGCAUUAUUAUUAUGGGAAAACUUACCUUAAGGUUGCAUUACUUUGACUCUAGGACAAAGUUAAAAUACAUUGAAUUCUCAUAGAGAUAAUUAUUUUUUUGGAUUAUAAUAAUGAGUUCAUUGGUUGGGUCACUCCCAUUAUAUUUGAUGACUGGUUUAUGAAAUAUCAGCACUUAGAAAAUGAUUGUCAAGGUUGUUGUAUUAUCCGAAGUUUCAAAAGUAGAAAUAUUGUGUAUUUUCUAUUUGAAAUCAGGUUUUGAGAACACUUCCACAGAUACAGCUUUAUAAUAGUAAUUCUUGUACAGUUAUACAAGCAUGCAGUACUAGGGUGUGAAGAAAAGGAGGUCAGUUUUGUGCUUGUCCUUCGGGAAGGCUGUAGCUUGCAUCUGUUAGCCCAGGAAUCACAACUCUAUUAUCCCUCAGGCAUGAUAAAAAAUAGAAUCCACUAGCCCCAUAGCUUAUAUGAAUUGUGUAGUUGGUUAAUACAAAUAAUUCAUUUACUAGGAGAAGAGUUGGAACAACACACUCCUGCAGUAGAAAAUGGCCCAAUUGAGGGAGCAAGCAAUGUGCAGGAAACACAGCAACCUCUUCCAGAAGUAAAUAAUAGUAGCCACUUAGAAGAUGACCGCCUAAUUGCUAGAGCAAGGGCAGUUGGUGUGGACUAUGAGUUUCCAAAGCCUGGUGAAGUGGAAACGGAGGAUGACAGAAGAAAAGAUUUUAUUUACUUGAAUCCAGUCCAUUCCUUUUUCUCUCCAACAACAAUGAUAUAUUAA